AUGAAUAGAGGAGGAUUAAUCUCAAGAUCAUAAAUUAGUAUUACUAAUGCAGAUAGUUGUUUUCGAGAUAUUAUUUACACAGUAGCAGGAAAUUUUGGGUAUACAGGGAACCUUAUUGGAACUUCAAUAAUAAUUGAUUUAUAGCAAGCCUAUGAAUUAAAUACUUUAAAAUUAUGGUUUUAUGAUCUAGACAGCAGAUCCUACACUAUUAGAGCUUACGUAAUAUUCAAUAAUACAGACAAAAUUAUUUCUGAAAGUUAUCAUGGAUAAUCAAUAACUAUUAUAUUCAAUCUAAAUGGCAAUACUUACAAUAUUGGAUUUAACAUCCUCAAGGUAGAAGCCUACUUUAGGCUCUAAACAUAUCUGUAAAAUUACUUAUGA